UCUGCUGAGUGCUGCUCGGCACCCCACUAACUCUUUUGCAAAGUGCAGGUGUGAGCUCCCAGUGUGGUUGGCAAUGGCUGAAGAAGAUCCAGAGGGCCCCGGAAGCCCAAUCUCUCUCUCUUUUUCAGGUAGUGGGUUUCUUAUAAACUACCAAGUAGGAGUGGUGCAGGCUUUAUGGGAAUUGGCACCUGAAAUACUGAGAUCAGCAUCCAAGGUCUACGGAGCAUCGUGUGGGUCAGUUGUAGCUGCAUUAGUGGCAUGUGAAAUCGGUUACUCCCUCCCAGGUCUGAUAGAAGAAUUUUUUCGUGAAGCUAUGGAAGAAGUCAGGAAAGCGAGUAUUCUCACCCUUUGUCCAGGUUACUGUAUGCUUCGGAUCAUAGAGAAGGGGCUGCGUAAAGAGCUGCCGGAGAACUCACACCAGCUGGCUUCGGGGAAGCUUUGCAUUUCCCUCACGCGCUUGUUGGACUUACAGAACGUCAUCAUUUCAGAGUACAGAUCGAAGGAGGAGCUCAUACAGGCAGUGAUCUGUAGCUGCUUCCUUCCUAUCUAUUGUGGAUUCAACCCUCCCUCCUUCCAAGGUGUGCGCUACGUUGAUGGAGGUAUGACUAACGUGCAGCCUGGCUUGGACUCGGAUACCGUGAUCACGGUAUCCCCUUACACAGGAGAGGUCGACAUCUGCCCGAGGGACUGCCCUGCCUAUUUCAGCUGCAUUAGCUUCUUCCAAAGCACCUUCCAGCUCUCAGUUGAGAACUUGUGCAGGUUUAGUUAUAGUAUUUUCCCACCCAGUCCUCCGGUGCUCCGUGAGUUUUAUUUACAAGGAUAUCACGAUGCCAUUUUCUUCUUACAGAGGCACAGUAAGUGUUACAAAGCUUGGUAG